AUGCGGUUUCUACGCUCUUUAGUCCCGUCGCUGUUACUCCUGGGUGCGGGCGUCGCAGAGGCAGCUGCGUCCUGGAGUUUCGACGAAGGGGUGAUUUCUGUUGCUCGGAAGGGUGGUGCCGACAGCUCGUUCAAAGACAAGCUCUCCAAUAAGGUCCCUCUGGCAAAGCCCGUACCACUGGGUCCUGCCGAUACCCUCAAGAUUGUCCUCUCAGCGACCGAAGACGGAAUAGCAAAGAAACCACACCAAGCCUUCCUCCUUCUGAGGGACCAAGACUCGGGGCUAGAAGAAUCAUUCCAGUUUACCUUCAGGAAGACUGAGCAGGGGAAGGUCGACUUCACCCAAAAAGACCUCCCAUACCAACUCCUCAAAUCCACCCAACCACUGAAAGCCACUGUUCUCCUCGCAUCUUUCGGCCCCGCCCGCGGCUUCAGCAGCCACGUCUUCAACCUCGAUGUGCAGCUCGACGCCUCUGCACCCGAGCUGGAUUACGAGAAGCCGGUGAGAUACGGACAGCGCGAGGAGAUCAACCAUAUUUUCAAAGCGGACCCUAAGAGCGGACCCGUGGUCAUCUCUGCCUUCUUCGUUCUUGCUAUCCUGGCCACGGUGCCAAUUCUGCUUGGAACUUGGGCAUACCUCGGAGCUAACCUCAGCCAUCUAUCCAAAGCGUUUGGAGCUGCACCUGUCUCCCACGGCCUGUUCUUUGGGUCCAUUUUGUCGAUGGAGGGGCUCUUCUUUCUCUACUACUGUAACUGGACUUUGUUCCAGACCCUGCCAGCUGCUGGGGUCAUCGGACUGAUAGCUUUCUUGAGUGGAAGCAAGGCUCUGUCGGAAGUUCAGAGCCGUCGUAUGGCAGGCGAGAGAUAG